AUGGUCGAGUCUCUUCGCAACAACCUGCGUGCCAAAAACAAAUUAGGCUUCAUCGACGGGACUAUUACGGUACCCGAUUCCAAAUCUCCUGAUUUUUCUCAAUGGGGUAUUGUUAAUUCUAUGCUUGUUGCUUGGAUUUUUAAUACGUUAGAUGUGUCUGUGCGUUCUACUAUGCGUUUUCCCGAUAAUGUUAAGUCCCUGUGGGAUGAUUUACGUGAUCGUUAUUCCCUUGGUAAUGGUCCUCGUAUUUUGGAGUUAAAAAACCAAAUUCGAGAUUGUCGACAGAAUGGUCGGUCGGUUGCUAUUUAUUUUGGUGAAUUGCGUCAGUUGCAAGAUGAAUUGAUGUCUUACUGUAAACUUCCUGUUUGUACGUGUCUUGCUGCAUCUGAGUAUAUUCGUCUUCAAGAAACCGAACACUUGCAUCAGUUUUGUUUGGGUUUGGAUUCCAAGAAAUUUGGAACGCUUGUUUCUGGUUUGCUCAUGCAGGAUCCCCUUCCUUCCAUCAAUGUGGCUUAUGCGAAAAUCAUAUCUGAUGAAAGGAAGCAGUUAGUUUCGGCUUCCCACGAGCAGACCUCGGUUGACGCUGUUGGUUUUGUUGCUUCGUCAUCUACUGCUGCACGUUCCUCUAGUCUGCCGCAGGGGGAUGAACGUGUAUGCAGCCACUGUGGUCGCAAAGGCCAUCUCAAGGACACUUGUUACGAGAUAGUGGGCUGGCCUGCUGGUCGCGGUCGCGGGGGACGUGCUGGCAGGGGGGUCGUGGUCGGUCUACUGCGCGUGGAGGCUCGCAAUUUGCGGGUAAUGUUGGUGGUAGUCCGCGACCUUCCUCUUCUUCUGUAAGUGAUGUUGAUCGAGCUAGCACACCUACUCUUAGUGAUGCACAAUUCCAUCAACUCAUGGGUGCUCUCAAAGGUGUUCAAGUGUCUUCUUCUUUCCGAAAAAUUGAGUGGACCUUACCUUGACGAACCUGAUUGGAGCGGGAGUGCGGUCUAAUGGGGUCUAUAUUUUCAAGCCAGUUGGUAGUUCGUUGUCUGCAGCAAAUAAAGUGGUCAAAUUGGAUGAUUUGAGUCUCUUGUGGCAUCGUCGUUUAGGUCAUCCGUCUCUUAAAGUUAUUUCUAGUUUGCCUGGUUUAGCUGGUUUGUGUUCACAACAUUGUGACCUUGAUUGUACGAUUUGUUUUAUGGGAAAACAACCUCGUAACUCUUUUUCUUUAAGUACGAGUAAGGCUGUAGGCAUUUUUGAUUUGAUUCAUUGUGAUAUUUGGGGCCCUAAUAAAAUUCUUGCUAGUUGUGGUGCU